AUGAAUCGUCCACAAGCAGAAUUCAGACAACUCUGUUUAGAUAUUGUGGAGCAGCUUUGUGGUCUUCCUUUAGCGCUUCGGGUCAUUGGUGCGUCUCUGUAUGGUCGGGAAAUACCAUCUUGGGAAGACAAGCUGUGUAUACUGAAAAACAGUCUUGACAAAUCUAUAUCAGUGGCGUUAAAAAAGAUUGAGGUGGAGAGUAUAUUGCUCAACAUGGGUGAAGAAACAAGGCUUUACGUUAACCCCGAAACGUUUAAGAGGAUGCGCAAACUCAAAUUUCUUAAAAUCCAUAGUAAUUCAACUGCUGCAGGGGGGAGCAAAGUGUGUAUCGUCGACGAUUUUGACUACCUCCCACCACUAAGAUAUCUUCACUGGGAGGCUUACACUUUAAAGUCAUUGCCAACAAAGUUUGAGACCAACGUUUUAGUUGAGCUCAACCUUCCUGAUAGCUCAGUCGAAACACUAUGGAACGGAAGUCAGUUAAUCUUUUUCUAA